AGGCGCUCGGCGAUGACGUCAAAACGCCGCGACUCGUUGAUAAACUAGAAACAAACGUGACUUCGGGACUCCACGUUCAGAAGAGGAGACCCGCGUUUAUUUAACCAUUACGUGAAUAUUGUUCUUGGAGGGAGCAGCGUCUUUACUUUGAUCCAACAUGAGCUCGUCCAUGCCGCAGAAGCGUUACUACAGACAGAGAGCACAUUCAAACCCCAUGGCUUACCACACGUUUGACUAUCCUGUGUGUCCUGAGGAAAUGGACUGGUCCGAGCUGUAUCCAGACUUCUUCACUGGAAACUCUGAGAAGGAGACCCCCCGAGUUGAGUUUGCAGACAUUGGAUGUGGAUACGGGGGGCUUUUAGUGGAGCUGUCUCCACUGUUCCCGGACAAGCUCAUCCUGGGCCUGGAGAUCCGAGUGAAAGUGUCCGAUUAUGUUCGGGAUCGGAUCCAGUCGCUGCGUGCCUCGGAGCCAGGAAGCUACCAGAACAUCGCCUGCCUUCGCAGCAAUGCAAUGAAGUACCUCCCCAACUUCUUUUCCAAAGGACAGCUCAGUAAGAUGUUCUUCCUCUUCCCUGACCCUCACUUUAAGAAGACCAAGCACAAAUGGAGGAUCAUUAGUCCCACAUUGCUGGCAGAGUACGCCUACACACUGAGAGUCGGGGGUUUGGUGUAUACUAUGACAGAUGUGGAAGAAGUACACCUCUGGAUGGUGAAGCACUUCACUGAACAUCCACUAUUUACGCGUGUCCCCGAGGAAGAACUGGUUGGGGAUGUCAUUAUAAGUCGUUUGGGUACCUGUACAGAGGAAGGAAAGAAAGUCCAGAGAAAUGGAGGGAAGAAUUUCCUGGCAGUUUUCCAAAGGGUUGAAGAUUUAAACUAAGACCGUUUGGAGAGAACAGUUCGGACAUGUGAUGAAGGGAACUAAUGGUCUCAUGCAGUCGUCUAUACGUGGAGGAUAAUGCUGCACGGUGGAGCUGGAGACUGCGGCUGGUUCCCCCAGCAGAUGAACAAUUUUUCUAACAUGACAGAAGUUUUGGGUUUCAGUUUUUUCACAUUAUUUAUGUAUUAUGCAUUCCUCAGCUCACAAAGACGGCAUGAAAAGGAUCUUGAUUCAGACUCGACUUUGGAAGUGUUUUGCUCCGCUUUUUUAAAGAUUCAUUUUUAAAAAUCUUUUGACACCCUCUUAAUUGCUGUUCUUGAUUUCCUGUAAAGCUGUUAAUUCUUUUAGUAAAACAAAACGUCUGUGUUUGGUUUGGAUCAU